AUGGCUGCCAAAAAGAGAAGUGAAAAUUUCUCUACUGAUGAUGUUUUGUUCAUUAUAAGUAAGGUUGAAGAGAAUAUAGAUGUUAUUCAGUCGAAACAAACUAAUCAAAUAACAAAUGCCAAGAAGGCAGGUGUGUGGAAAAGCAUCACAGAUGCUGUUAAUGCCCGGGGUGGUGUAAAUAGGACCGUUGAACAGGUCAAAGAGAAAUACCGUAAGGCCUGUUCAAAAGCAAAGGGGGAUAACGUAACCCAGAAGAUUCAUCGGAGAAAGACUGGUGGAGGGCCACCUCAUCCCCCUCUUGAUGCCAUUUCUCAAAAGAUAUUGGAUCUUCACGAGGACUCCCCUAAUUUCACAGGCUUUCAAGGUGGGAUUGAGGUUGGCGGAUUUAAUGUAACAGAGAAAUCAGUUCCUAAACCUGAAGAUAGUGACUGUGUUAAUGAAUGUCUUGAAUCACAGAUCUCAUGCAAUACAAGUUCAUGCAACACCUAUAAUGGAUGUGGGCUUGAGACCUUAGCAUCUAAUGGUGAGAGCCAACAAAUCAUUGAACUUCCUGAAAAUUCUUCAGGAUCACCUGUUGCAUUCAAUGUAACAAUAUCCAAUUCAGGGACAACUGUUAGAAAGUCUGAUUGUUCAGCUGAAGAGAAAAGAAAGAGGAAACCUAUUGAAACAGGCAGUUCAGAAUUACAAUUAAAGGUGUCAGAUCUUCAAAGACGUGUUCUGCUUGAGGAUUUAGAGAGAAUUAAGGAACAGAGGGAAUUGAUUAAGCUCCAGAAGACAAAAGUGGAUCUUGAAAUCAAGAAGCUUAAAAUGGACAUUGCUAAUCAUGAACCUAGCAAUAUAAAUGAACCCUAAAUUUUUAGCACACAUGAGCCAAAGUCAGUGCUUUUUCUAAUCAUACUUUGUUGUUGUCAUCGUUGUCAUUCUAAACUUUCCAAUUUUUUACCCUAUAUUAAAAAAAAUUCAGAAUUAUUAGAAUUAUAAAAAACAAAUGAGGACCCUUGGGUUGGAUGGGGUCACAGUGGGGAAUCAAAUAUUUAUGUAGGAAUAAGAAAGGGGGGCUUUUAAAAUCUUCUCAUACGAAUAGUGAACCAUUAAUGAUUUUUAUGUAAGCCCUCCUAUGAAGAAGGGAGGGUAUAUUGUUUUUCUGCUGUCUGUCGGUUGGUCUGUCGGUCCACUUAGUUUUCUUUCCAAGUUUGUUUAAAUCAUUUUCUCCUGGGGUAGGAUGAGACUACAAUAGGGGAUCAGUGUUAAAUACAGAAGUAUAUAGG